AUGGCAGCCAUCUUCGAAAGACAGACCGCAUUGAUUAGUCGGGACACUUGGGACCCAUCACAUAUUGAUACACUUUGGGUGACAGCACCUUUUGAGCUUCUACAAGAGCCUAUCGACUUUUCCAACCCAGGCGAACGGACGCGCAAUUUCGACUUAGACGAGCAUAUGUUAGACUCAUCCAAUAUUCAGUGGCUGAACCAUGCGUUGGACGAGAUCCUUCUAGAAGCACCGCAACUGGCGUGGACUAAGGACGAAUGGACGUUUACCCCACUUGAUAUGCAAGAGCUGCCAAACGUCACAGUAUCCUCGAAAUCGCGUUCCGGUUCUGCGAGAUAUACAAGCUCCGAUUCUAUAGCGUCACCCGCAAACGCGUCUUUCAUCACGUCCGCUAUCCGAAGUCGAUUACAGUGCUCUCCGAUUGCCGUACCAGACUCCGGCUGGCUUGACCAAGCCGCAGACGUUUUUCCCGAUCGUACCAAUGAAGCGCUACAAGGAUUUGCAUUACCAACUACUCUAUUCGACGGCGAAUCGUACAAUACCUCUGUGUUCUCGGCCCGGAGACGGUUAUCAUGCUGUGCGAAUGGCACGGAUCCUGGUCAGCAAGCUGUCGUUGCGUAUUGGAGCAGCAACAGCUCAAUGAUUGAACGUGUGGAUCCCAAUUUCUUCAUACAAGAAUGCACUUAUGAACAACUUACUAAUGGCAACUGCACGAGUGCCAAUGCGCCGUCUGAUCCCCUCAGCGAGGAUGGACCAGAAGAUGUUAUCGUUCAAGGCUCUUGGUACCGUAACUUUACCAUAAAGUGGAUCGUGGGGCCAGGUGUGACUGCGAAGAUAUCUGGAGCUAAUCCAGCUGCGAACCCGAACGUACAACAAAUUAGCGCACCGUACGGCUCUGCAGAUGAAGAGCUUCUCUACUUCACGGAAGAGCCCAAGAUGGCUAUAAUGGACUGUAUCAUGGUCAUCGAAAAUACAUCCGCCAGUGUUACUGUAGCUAGGAGUUCUGGGAACGUUUUGGACUACAGCUUGGUGGCGGACCCACAGCCUGCUCUGGACGCAUGGGAUUACGCCUGGGAUAUCUUGUACCCUAGUCCAACAUCCUACACAGGAAGAGGAAAUGUCAGUUACGGCCAUCUAUUCAUGACGCAGCUCCUCACCGCCCCACACAUCAUCACACCUCACAUGGCACAUUCCUGGCUAUCCUACAACCGCAGCAUCGAAGAAACAGCAAGCGAACGCUUCAACAUUCGCGACCGGGAUCGUGGCCUCAACGUCGACUUCAUGUCCUACGCAAACUGGAACCUUGCCAACAAAGACACCGAAUCCCUGCUAAAUGCAACAACGCUAUUGCGACAUUCCGAGAAGACUUUACAAAUCUUCUUCAAACACUUUGUCAAUAGCGGGUCGUCGAGUCUCAGCGGGCGCUGGUCAUCUUCAGGGCCUGAGAGAGCAGCCUACCAGCGAGCCUCGUCACAGCCUGUGAAUGGGACGUUUACGAAACGGGUUGAAGUUCUUGCUAUGAAUGAGACAGCAACGUGGCUCUCGCUUACCAUACUCAUCCUACUUAUUGUUAUCCUGGUUGUUCUGGUUGUGAGCUUGCAGAUCGUAUAUCCGAGCUCAUGCAUGCAACAUCGCGUCGAGUGCUUGGCAGACGUACUGGCUAUGGUUGCUGGAAGCGAGGGGCUGAUCGGUUUGAUUGAAGAGCAGGGUAUCGAAGGCUUUGCUAAGAGUGGUAGACUGACUAGACUGGGUUGGUUUAGAGACGCGCGGGGAGAUGUUAGGUGGGGUGUUGAACUCGUGGAUGCAGAGGGUGUGGAAUGGGUUGAUGGACCCGAGGAAGGUACCUCAAUGGGGCACGCGGAUGAAGAGUCAUCGAUUCAAAGCGGAGAAGUAGACGAUGCGAACAGUGCACUUUUGGAAAGCGAACGAAGGCUACCUUCCCCACGGCGUUCCGUCCAGGAACAACAGACAGAGCCAAUGCUGGGACCCAGCGAUGUCGCCAACAACGCAUCGAGGCUAUAG